UAAAGCCCAAAAAAGUUGUGAAGUACUGGUAAUAGAGCUAUGUAUGAAGCUAUUGGAGAAACAUGACUUAGUAGAAGAAUUAUAUAAACUGACAAAUGAAGCAGCCUCAAAGGCAUCACUGAAGCACAACAAAGAUUUGAUGGGUCAGUACUUGGACCGCUUUAUGGUGUUGCUGAAGGAUGACAAUGUUCCUUGGGACAACAGUUCACAGAGCUACCUGGGUUCUGUAUUCAUCAGCUACCUUGUUAACUCAAUUUAUUAUGAAGACAAACAAUUUAACGAUUCGGAGGUGGACCAGAAAAUGAUUGACAUGAUUCUGUAUUGUAUGGAGGAGGAACGGGAGCUCUGUGAUUGGUCCAGUGGUCAGGUGACCGUGUUUGGGAUCAUUGCCACAGAUAUACUUGCAAGAUUUGUCCGUGCAAAAAGGGACAGCAAUACCAUCAGUAAGUGCAAGCCGCUCAUCCCGAGUAUCCAGCGUUUGAUGUCCAAUCAUGAAGACGAGAGGAUCACCGAGAACUGCGGGAACAUCUUGUAUUUGAUUGGUCAACAAGCGUCACAAGUGCUGGACUCGGACAACAUUGGGAAUCUUAUUGACCACUACAUUGAAAAUCCUGACGUACACAUCAUUGUGAAUUUAGAAGCAGCCUAUGAAAAUGGACCUGAGGAAUUUGGGAAGCGGUUCACUGACCUAGUGGAAGUGUUUGCCAAGGACAAGGAAACAAACUGCUUUGUCAUGCAGUGUUUCCUGCUGAAGAAAAUUGCUGAAACUCAACCAGAGUUGUUCACUCCUCGUACUAUGAAGCUGUUCUUUGAUGUCCACUUCAUGGAUUUCACGGCUAACAGUCAGGUGCUGAUCUUCAUGGACAUACUAUCCAAAUCACAGCCUGCCCUUUUUGGGCCCUUCAUCCCUCACCCCCUGCUGAACUCCAAACUGAUGUUGGAUACCAUGGCUAGUUACCAUAUGAGCAUUGUCACCAGGACUGCUGCUGUUUGUAAGGACUGCCAGAAACCAGUUUUUGACUACUUCACUGAGAGACUGAAGAGUUCUACUGACCAGCAUGUGCUGUAUGCCUGUAUAAUGGGUCUGAGAGAGAUGCUGGAGAUUUGUGGUCCAGACUUUUUCACAGAGGAGGUCAAGGCUCAGAUAGAGAAUCAGACGACAAAUGCUCCGGCUAAAUACGUCAAAGAUGUGGCUCAGGAUCUCCAAGAUGAACUCGCAGGAAGAAGUUUGGAAAAAGUUUCUAAGGAUGUUGACAGCCAUAAGGAACAGAUAGAGAAGGUGGAGAUUGGUGUAGCAGGUACAAAGGUCGUCCUGAAGAAAGUUCACAGAGAGGUCAAACAACAGGGUAAAGAAAUCGACGGCAUCAAGACGGACCUAGUGGAGGUUAACGAAAGGGUGGAUGUCGUGGAAGGUGACCUUGAGGACACGAAUCUUAGGGUGGAGGAGGUGGAUAAAAAGACAAUGAGUAAUGCCCCUACUUGGUCUCGAGAUGUUACAAAGCUGUUGAACCCGGAAUCUGAGCAUGACUGGAGACUACUGGCUAGUCGCCUUGGUUACAGUCCUGAUGACAUCAGAGGCUGGGCCACCCAAUCAGAUCCCUGCAUGGCCCUGCUGAGUGAAUGGUAUGCCACACACAAGACAUUUGAGGCAUCUAAAGGGGUGCUGAAUAUCCUGCAGGAGAUGAAUCGUUUGGAUGCUGCCAUUAUUGUAGAAAAUGCCAUGAAAGCUGCAGAGGGUGUUGUGGUGGAUGAACCAGUUGAUUACCCAGAACCCCCUGAGAUCUUCCUUAGUUACCAAUGGGGUCACCAGAAUGAGGUCAAACUCAUCAGUCGCCACCUGGAGAUGGCUGGGUAUAAAUGCUGGAUGGAUGUGGGGCAGAUGGGGGGUGGGGAUAAGCUGUUUGAGAAGAUUGAUUCCGGGAUUAGGGCGGCCAAAGUUGUCAUCUCUUGUGUGACAGAGAAAUACGCAAAAUCACCCAACUGUAACAGAGAGGUCAACCUGUCAGUCAACCUUGGUAAACCAAUGAUCCCGCUUCUGUUAGAGAAAAUGCCUUGGCCCCCCACGGGUUCAAUGGGACCAAUCUUCAGUGAGUACUUGUUCAUCAGAUUUUUCCAAAGACCAGGGGAGGAAACCAAGGAUGACCGAAUCUGGCCAGCUGCCAAGUUUACGGAACUUCUCAUGCAGCUCAACUGUUUAAAAGUGAUGCCAGAUGAGAAAAUAAUCUCCAAAGAGUAUAAGAACUGGUGGGUUCCAGUCAUAGAGAAGAUUGUGAUUCCAAAGAAAAAACAGGACAAAGUCAACAAGACAUCUGUACCCACAAACAAACCAAUGGAUAAGGUGGUUUCCCCUGAUAUCUUCAUCUCCUACCAGUGGGGAAAACAGAAGGAGAUAUCAGCCCUGUACCAGAGACUGACCAGUCAGGGCUUCACCUGCUGGAUGGACAUCCACCAAAUGGGGGGAGGGGAUUCCCUGUAUGACAAGAUUGACCGUGGGGUCAGAGGUUGUAAGGUCGUCCUGUCCUCAGUCACCACCAAGUACGCUCUGUCUGCCAACUGUAGGAGAGAAGUCAGUCUGGCUGAUGCUCUGAAGAAACCUAUCAUCCCCAUGCUGAUGGAAAAAAUAGACUGGCCCCCAGGUGGACCAAUGAGCAUGGUUCUUACACAACUGUUGUAUGUUAACUUCUCAAAGGAUGAGUCCAUUCAGUUAUCAUGGGAGGGAAAAUGUUUUGAUGAUCUUCUGAAGAAGAUCAGAGAGAACAUUCCUGAAGAGUUUCAACAGGAAGGUCAAGGACAUAAUGAAACAGAAAAAGUUCAUAACCAGCAACUUGUCGGGAACCAGGAAACAUCAUCAGAAGGUCACAUGACCAAAGCUGUGACCAAUGACAAACCACAGGAAGUAAAGACUGGACCAAUCAGCACUGACUCUGCAGUGGAUGAUACCCCCAAAAAGAAAUCGUCAACAUGUAUACUGCUUUAGCCAUGCAAAUUAAUUGUUUAUAUUGGAUAAAUCUAUUUGUACUGCAAUAAUAAGAGGGUAAAUUAUCAAGUUCAACAUGUAUACUGCUCUAGACAGGCAAAUUAUGUUGACGAAAUAGAUUAACAAUGAUUGGCAAUUAUUGUCAAGGCUUUAUCAAUUAAUUCCUCAAAAUGAAUCGUCAAUACAAUGAUGUACACAAGGUGUAUAAGGAAUAAUAUUGCUACACAAUUUUACAAUGUUAUACAAUGAGUUAUUUUUCUUUGACCUUAUCUCUGCCUCCUUAACAGGACGUAACUCGUAUUGAGUUAAGUCUGAUUAACUUUUAUAUCAUGUGUUGUGAGAGGGUAAAUCAUCAACAUGUAUACGCCUCUAGUCUGGCAUAUUGAACUGUUUAUCUCAAAGGAAGUGAGAGCCCUGGUUAAGGUUUUGAAAGAUGAAUUAUAGGGUUGUGUGAAUAGAUUUCUGAAUAGUAUCUUGUGAAUAGAUUUUUGACUUUUUAGUACAUGUAUCAUGUGAAUAGAUUUCAGAAUAGUCUCGUGUGAAUAAACUGCAGGAUGCUUGCAAAGAGCCAUAGCUGCCUUAGCGAUAACACGGCCAACUCAAGUAUUUAAAAGGAAAUCACCUGUUUCUAUUUAUAGAUACAUGUACCUUUUCAAUUCAAGAUCAAACUACAUGUAUGUAAUCAUUUGUGGACCAGUGUUAUAUUUUCAUAGUUGCAAGUUUGUUACAUGACAAUCAUUUUACUUGUUCAAUACUCUUAUUCUAAACAAGAUUGUUAGAAAUAAAACAAUCUAGCAGCUAUGACUUUGGGUCAUUAAAAUAGUUUAGGUCUUUAGGACUGUUUUUCACAGAGAUACUUUCAAUGUGUAAUGUUGUAAUAUAUAUCGCUUACAUUAUUUAUACAUGUACUAUAAAAUGAUUAAAGAAAACAUAGGAAAAAUGCACAGAGAGAAAAAAAAAUAAAAGCAUAGAUAAGAAACACACACUGUGAGACUCGAACUCACGAUCAUUAUGCCUACAAUCCAGCAGUUAUACCACCAUGCCACAAAGUCAUUGUAAUCAGAUGGAUGAAUUUCAGAUGAAAUAAUGUUGAGAAGAAGAAUUAAUACAAUUAUUUUCAACAUUUUCAAUAUGAAGACCACCUUUAACCAAAAUUAUCUAAAUGUAAUGAAGUACAGUCAUAUCCAAAUAAAAUUAUUCAGAAGUUGUUUUUCAGGUUAAGGGUGUUUUUUUUGCUACAGUUUGUCAUUGUUUAGAGGGAGACCUCAGUAUUUACUAUAUUCUCCAUAUAAACAUAACGAUUUUUAUAUCUAUCAUAUUAGGGAACUAUUAAUAUUUGAAUAUUAUUUUUGUGUGAUUUGCUUCAAGGCAUGUAUAAACUAACGUUGUAU